GACCCUCUGGAUGCUGCAAGAAACUUUGAUUUAAUGCUGCUUCUUAACCAAUCAAUAGAAGUAAAUCUUGAUGACUUUCUAUUACCAGAAAAAAUAAAAAACACUACCAAUCCUAUUCCAACCUUAGAAUCAGAAAUAGAAAACACUACCGAUCUUAAUUUGACUGUAGAAUCAGAAAUUAAAAACUUAGAAGACUCUAUAACUAUCCUUCUAACUGAU